CUGUCUGUGACACAACAGAGAACUGUAGGAUGCUUCCAAUGACUGGACUGCGCCUUCAGUCUCCGCUCAGAACCAUCAGUGUUCUGCUCGUCCAUUUUCUCCUAGCACACUUUUGUAGAGGUCAGUCUCAGUUAAUUGGUUCGCCUCAACCAGUAGUGGCAAUAGUUGGUGAUGACAUCAUUUUGCCGUGUCAUCUGGAACCUGCUGUGGAUGUUACUGCCAAGACAUUUGAGUGGACGAGACCCGACCUGGAUCCCAGAUUUGUCUAUUUGUGGCGUGCUGGUCAGGACCAUGUAAAGGCUAAAAAUCCAGCCUAUAAAGGAAGGACAUCAUUGUUCGCUGGUGAAGUGAAGCAUGGAAACAUUUCACUGAAGCUCUCCAAAGUAAAACCUUCUGAUGAGGGGAGAUACAGAUGCUACAUUCCAGAUCUGACUAUAGACUCUUUCAUUGAGCUUGUUGUUGGUGCUGUGUCCCCACCUGUCAUCGCUUUAUCAGGGAUUGAAAGAAACAAAGGAGGACUGGAUCUACAGUGUGAGUCUAAAGGCUGGUAUCCAGAGCCUGAGGUGGUCUGGCUGGACGGUGAGGGAAACCUCCUCUCUGCUGGACCUACAGAGACAGUCAGAGGUCCUGAUGACCUCUAUACUGUCAGCAGCAGAGUGACUGUGGAGAAGAGACACAGCAACAACUUCACCUGUAGAGUCCAACAGAAGAAGACCCACCAGACCAGAGAGACACACAUCUUUAUUUCUGAUGAUUUCUUCGAGGUCCAGUCCAGUUCUUUUACUCUCACAGUUGGUCUGGCUGUUAGUUUGGCUGUUUGCAUCCUUCUUAUUCUGUUACUUGUCUUCUUUGUGUGGAAAUGGAGACAAAACAUAAUCAUAAACAAGAGAAGCCACUGGGGUGACAGUGAUAAAGGAGAGGAGAGGAAUUGCUCCAAAAGAAACAAAACUGAAGAUCAGAGAGAGACACUCAUGGCAGAUGGAACAGUGCAAAUGGAGGUUUUGAACGAGGGAAAGGGGAAAAAGAAGAACAAACAUAAGCAGAAAACUGAGCAGCAGCUGAAGGAGGAGCAGCAGAGGAGGGAGGAAGCUGAGAAUAAAGUGAAGAGGGUCCUCACUCUAUUCUCAGAGGAGCUGGAGACGAGGAAGAAUGAGGUCAAACUCAAACAAUCUGAGCUGCAGCAGCUCCGUGAAGAGAAGCAGAAGAUCCAGAACAACCUGCAGACCGUGAAGAAAGAUCUGGAGAACAAACACAAAGAGCUGGAGACAAUCCAAGCCACGCUAUCCCGGUGGUCUUUGAGAGGCAGAAAAGAAGAAGAGCAGAAGAAGAAUAAAGCUGAGCAGGAAGUGGAGACACUGAAGAAGAAGAUGGAGACUCAUCAGAAGGAAUUAGACACCAAAAUCAAACAGGUUGAAGACAAACAAGCUGAAGUCCAGCAGCUCCAGGAUGAUAUUCAGAGGAUGAUGGAGACCAACCUGCGGACCCUGAUGGAGAAUCUGGAGUCCAACAACAAGGAGUUGAAAAGAAGACAAGCUGCUCCGGUCCGGUCUUCUUCAUCUGGGUUUCAGUGGCCGUUGGUUUCAAGGCAGAGGUUCCAGGAUGAGCAGCAGAGGAGGGAGGAAGCUGAGAAGAAAAUUCAGAUCCUGGAGGAGAAGCUCCAGGAAGAACAGCAGAGGAGGAAGGAAGCUGAGGAACAAAUUCAGACAAAGGAAAAGGAGCUGAAGGAAAAGACUGAUGAGUUGGAGGGAAAACAGGCUGAAACCCACAAACAGCUCCUGCAGGAGAAACAGGACAGGCAGAAGGACGUGGAGAACCUGAACAAUCAGCUCCUGAAGGAGAAACAGGACAGACAGAAGGACGUGGAGAACCUGAACAAUCAGCUCCUGAAGGAGAAACAGGACAGGAAGGAUCAAGUGAAGAACCUGAACAAAGAGGUCAAACUCAAAGAAUCUGAGCUGCAGAAGCUCCGUGGAGAGAAGCAGAGGAUGGAGGAUGAGCUGAACACCAAGAUAACACAGUUGGAGGGAAAACAGGCUGAAACCCACAAACAGCUCCUGAAGGAGAAACAGGACAGGCAGAAGGACGUGGAGAACCUGAACAAACAGCUCCUGAAGGAGAAACAGGACAGGCAGAAGGACGUGGAGAACCUGAACAAACAGCUCCUGAAGGAGAAACAGGACAGGAAGGAUCAAGUGAAGAACCUGAACAAUCAGCUGGAGUCCAAGAACAAAGAGCUCCAGGAAGAACAGCAGAGGACGAGGGAAGCUGAGGAGAAGCUGCAGACUAAGAUCACAGAGCUCCAGGAGGAGAGGAGGGAAGCUGAGGAAAGAGAGAAGACCCUGAAAGGCACCACAAAGAAUGAGCUGGAGUCCAAGAAGAGAGAGCUCGAGGAGGAGAGAAAGACGAGGGAGGAUGCUGAGAAAAGAGAGCAGACCCUGAAAAAAGAACUGGACACCACAAAAACUCAGCUGGAGUCCAAGAACAAAGAGUUGGAGGGAAAACAGGCUGAAACCCACAAACAGCUCCUGAAGGAGAAACAGGACAGGCAGAAGGACGUGGAGAACCUGAACAAUCAGCUCCUGAAGGAGAAACAGGACAGACAGAAGGACGUGGAGAACCUGAACAAUCAGCUCCUGAAGGAGAAACAGGACAGACAGAAGGACGUGGAGAACCUGAACAAUCAGCUCCUGAAGGAGAAACAGGACAGGAAGGAUCAAGUGAAGAACCUGAACAAUCAGCUGGAGUCCAAGAACAAAGAGGUCAAACUCAAAGAAUCUGAGCUGCAGCAGCUCCGUGGAGAGAAGCAGAGGAUGGAGGAUGAGCUGAACACCAAGAUAACACAGCUCACUGAGGAGAAGCAGAAGAGUGAGGAUGCAAAGAAGAAACUUCAAGCAGAGUUGAACAACAAGCUCCAGGAAGAACAGCAGAGGAGGAACAAAGCUGAGGAGAACCUACAGAAUAAGACCACAGAGUUGGAGGGAAAACAGGCUGAAACCCACAAACAGCUCCUGCAGGAGAAACAGGACAGGCAGAAGGACGUGGAGAACCUGAACAAUCAGCUCCUGAAGGAGAAACAGGACAGACAGAAGGACGUGGAGAACCUGAACAAUCAGCUCCUGAAGGAGAAACAGGACAGGCAGAAGGACGUGGAGAACCUGAACAAUCAGCUCCUGAAGGAGAAACAGGACAGGAAGGAUCAAGUGAAGAACCUGAACAAAGAGGUCAAACUCAAAGAAUCUGAGCUGCAGAAGCUCCGUGGAGAGAAGCAGAGGAUGGAGGAUGAGCUGAACACCAAGAUAACACAGUUGGAGGGAAAACAGGCUGAAACCCACAAACAGCUCCUGAAGGAGAAACAGGACAGGCAGAAGGACGUGGAGAACCUGAACAAACAGCUCCUGAAGGAGAAACAGGACAGGCAGAAGGACGUGGAGAACCUGAACAAUCAGCUCCUGAAGGAGAAACAGGACAGGAAGGAUCAAGUGAAGAACCUGAACAAAGAGCUCCAGGAAGAACAGCAGAGGACGAGGGAAGCUGAGGAGAAGCUGCAGACUAAGAUCACAGAGUUUCAGAAGCUCUCAGAGGAGAAGCAGAGGACUGAGAAUGAGCUGAAGACCAAGAUAACACAGUUGGAGAAUCAGCUCCUGCAGGAGAAACAGGACAGACAGAAGGACGUGGAGAACCUGAAGAAUCAGCUGGAGACCAAGAAGAAAAAGUUGGAGAACCCCUUGAAAUGAGAAAACUAAAAGGGAGAAAGCUGAGAGAGAAGUGGAGAACCUCAAGAAGCAGCUGGAGACCAAGGUCCAUGUUUUAACCUAGCACACUGUUGGUUAAUGGAGCUGUUAUUUCGUGUUUCUUUUAUUUUCUUCACAAAUGAUUCAUAUUCAGACAAGACAAUCUAAAUCUGUGACACCAUACCAUGAUCACGCCUCUCCAUAUAACAAAACGUCAGUAUACUAUUAUUAUAUUAAUAAAUGGAAUGGAAGUCUGAAUAUACGGAAUGAAACUUGUCACGUGGUCAAGGCACUGCGGCAACUUUUAAUCCAUAUAUUCAAGUUUCAUAUUAUAUAUCUAAUAAUUUCCUAA